UUGUGUAAAAUUGGUACCGCGUCUAUUUGACUGCGAGUCGCUGGAUAUGUGUUUUCGAUGAGUAAUCUGGAGGCUAGUCGAAUUCUCGAAUCAGCUCUUAAGGAUGUGGAUGCCAUUCUGAAAGUGAAUGAAAUCAACUCACCAGAGGCUAAUAUAACCGAAAAUAAUAAUUUCGACAACCACCACCUGCCAGAAGUUCCACAUCUAGAUGUUACAGACUUAAAUACGGAUAUUGUUUCAUAUGAACAUGUAGGAAAUUUGGAUGAGGAUUAUCUUUACAAAACUGGAAAGGAGUUUUCAGUUCUUAUUGACAGACUGCAAAACUGUAUUGACAAAUUGAAUCAUCCAGGACCUGUUAAUGCUAGCCAAGUGACAGGAUAUGGAAAUCUGGAUUAUGGAAUCACUCGGGAUCAUAGAAUUCGACUAGUUCGUCCUGUAACUACACAAAUUACUGAAUUGGAGUUAAGCGGAAUUUGCAAAUCUCCACCUCUUCAGUCUUCAUAUUCAUCCAACGGAGGUGCAGUGUUAAGUGAUGAACAUUUUCAACAAAGAAUCCUCAGACUACAAGCACAAAUAAAAGCACAAGCAAAUCUUAUAGCAAAAUUAGAGAAAGACGUGAAUGUGGUACCACCAUCGAAAUCGACUUGCAUUAAUAACAAUAGCAAUAGAGGAAGUCAUCUUUCCAUAAAUAUGAAUAAUUUGGAGCUGUUAACUGAAGUCUCCAAGCAACACUUACGGAUUAGUUCUCUGGAGGAGACAAAUCGUGAUUUAGAAGAGAAAAUUAAUAAAUUGGAGAAAGAAUUAUCCCAACGCUCAGGUUAUAAUCAUUUGAAAACUUCAUGUGAAGAUAUACAAAGCAUGAAAUUUAACAGACAAUUUAUUGGUCAGCUACCUGGUUCAUGUCGAUCUAUUGCAGCGGGGAAUAAUAAUCAUACAAAUAAAUUAAAUGGAUCAUUGAGACAGUUGAAUUCAGUUAAUAAGGUGAACUAUUCCUCACUACGGUGUUCUGCUAAUCCAGUUGUAUUGAAUGAUACUCGAUUCACUACUGCUCUCCAACCAGAGUUCAAUUCGAAUUUCGUGUGUUAUUCAAUGAAUGGUACUCAGUCAACUCCGCCUACAUCCAGAUUAAUGUAUUACAAUCCCUACAGUUAUGAUAACUGUCUACAAAGUGAAGAUAUGAAUCCUAAUUUCUAUCCUACUAAUCAUAACCAACUACCUGUAAUUCCUAACCAGAUUAGAUCAUUUAGCUUGAAUGAAUUACGUCAUUCAAGAAUUAUUCAACCUAUUGGUCAAAAUAAUAAUAAUAAUAACAUGCGACCAAGUGUUCGUUGGGAUGCCCAUAACCACUCCGGUGUUAAAUCUUCAUUGACAAGUGGACAGCACACCUAUCCUUUAAGAGAAAACUGCCAUCCCAAUACACAAGCGACUGCUAUCAGUCAUCUUCCACCCCAGUAUGCGAGCAGUUAUCAUCAGAAGAGUUAUGCCGCCUCACGUAUUCGUUCACCACAACCACCAAUACAACCACAAACACAACCAACCCAAUGGAUUGAUCAAAGAAAUAUCUUUCAUAACAAUGGGAAACAAACUCUGACAGCGUUUUCAAGCAAUGAACAAGUCAGCGUAUCCAGCGUACCAUGUCUACCGUGUGAUUCACCAGCAUCAGUCAAGUGCAGCACGUCAGAAAAUGUGUAUUCCUCUAAUACGCCUAGAAAUCAUCGAAUCUCAUCACCUCAUUUGAUGAAUAGUGUUACUCAUGCACAACAGUUCAAUGAAAUUCCACAGGAUCUUGGAUGUUUUUUACAGGAUGAUAAGCUUACCAUCCCUGCCAAAUCUGCCAGUGGUAAUCAUCAUCGAUUGAAACGUAUAUUCACGGAUCGACAGUAUGAAAAAGGUUGGCGAAGUAUUGCCUUACUUCCUAGUCCAAGUCUUACAGAUGUCUUUCAUUGGUUGUCAUCAAAUGGUCAAAUCAAUAAGAAUAACAGUAAUAAUAAUAAUAAUAUUAUUAACUGUACAUCAGUUGGCUUAAUUAAAUCUAAGACGCUUUCUAUGAAUCAAUCUCAAAGUGGUUUAAUCAAUUCAUCAUUGUCGGUGUCUACUCGAUCAAAGAGUAUGGACCGGUAUACUGAUGGUAUGAAGAUUUCUACAACUCAUGAUGAUACUGGUAUCUUGCCUAGAAGACGUUAUAACAUGCACACAACACCGACAACAACAACAACUACUACUACUACUAGUACUCCUAAUGGUUGUCAUAGCAAUAUGACUUCGACUACUACCACCAGAAAUGAUAAUAAGAAUAAUUCCACAGAUCGUAUGUUCAGUUCUUCAUCUUCAAUUAUUCUCAAUCAUCAUCAUCAUCAGCCAGUGAAUACUCUUCGUAAUAACAACAUAUUACAAGUCACAUGUCAUGAAUCUAUAUCGGAAUCAUCAAGUAGAAAUAAUUCAUUUGACAGAAAUACUGUCAUUACUACUGAUAAUAAUAAUAUUAGUAGUAGUAGUAAUAGUACUAGUAUUAAUAGUUGUAAUCAUUUUCAAAAAUUCUCCGAAGUUGAUCAACAUAACAAAAAAAGAUUAUUGUCGCCUACUAUUCCUGCUAUGUGCCUUGAUUUGUAUAAAUCGCAUAGAAAAUUGGAUAACGAUAAACCGACGUCAUCUUAUACGGAUUCUUCGAUUUCAUCAUCUGGUGGUGACCAGUGUCAAUCGUUUCGAUUUGCAUACACUAAGCGAAACUUUUGUCUAUGGGAUAAAAAUAUGAUCUCCGCUUGGUUGUAUAGAAUCGGUCUUGGCUAUACAGUAUCAAAUACUCGAAGAUGGUUAAAUACCGGUCAGGAUUUAGUGACUGUAUCAAAGAAAUCAUUAGCACAGUUGAUGGGUAUUCGUAAUCCACUACAUUUGAAAAAGUUAUCAAUACAUAUUCAUCGGUGUAUGAAAGAGUCUAGCCUUAACAAUCAUGCUUCUUUGUACAGAAGUAUAGAAGCACCUGAGAAUUUUGAUAUGACAGGUUGGUUACAUGAUAUUGGUUUAUCAGCGUACAUUCCACAAUUCGACAGUUGUAUUAUUGAUCCGUAUGUAUUAGAUCAACUCAGUAUGGAUGAUCUAUCCGUGUUGAAAAUGUCAAAUGAACUGCAUGUGUUAAGUUUACGUUGGGGUAUACAAAUGUUAAGACAUAUCAGUUUUGAUCGAAAUCGUUUAUGUCGAGAUCACAUGCAACAGUGUACAGCAAAUAUACUUAUCAAUAGGAAUCUAUUGAAUUCUCCAAAGCAGUCAUUCCCUACUACUACAGAUAAUAUGAAGCUAAACAGUGAACUGAAUGGAGUGAAUCAUUCAGGUAUGAAUAAUGCUCCCAGCAUCAACACCACUAUCACCAAUGGCAACAACAACAACCUUAUCAGUGGUUUAAACGCUUCUUCAAGACCAAAUUCAGUGAAUCAUGAAACCGAGGUAUUCAUUUCCACUUAUCUUCCUAUACAAAUAUGCUAUUGGACACAGCAAAGAGUAUUAGAUUGGUUACAAAGUAUUGAAUUGCCAGAAUAUGCACCAAAAUUAUUCGGUAGCGGUGUACAUGGAGCUUUAAUGAUUUUUGAAGAUCGUUUUACACCAGAUCUUUUAGCUGAUAUUUUACAAAUUUCGCCUGUAAAAUCCCUUGUACGACGACAUUUAACACAUAAAUUUAUUGAACUUGUCGGUCCAGAAAUAUGGAAACGUAAACAAGAAAAUGAAGUCAAUAAUUCGCUGACAUUAAAUUCAAAAAUCAAGCCAAGUAAAAAGAAGAGUCUGUUUCAUUCUACUCGUGGACAUAAAGGAAACGAUGAAGUUGAAGAACUUGUCUGCCCUGUUGAAAUUGAUCCUAAUCAUAUGAGUAUAUUUGCUGAUGAAGUCGAACUCAACUGUCAGAUCGACUGUAAUCAACAGCUAGAUCAAGAGUCUACAACAGCCAUAAAUCUCAAUUCAACAAAUUCUCAACCAUUAGAACUACAAGAAACGGAUAUAUAAUAAAUCAGAUGAUGAACUUACCCCCAACCCCCCGGAAUGUAGAGCUCAAGUUCAAAUCACACAUGUGAAUAUUUCAAACAAAACCACCAACAACAAUAACAACAAAGAUUUCCUUCCUGAAUCGUCAUUAUAAUUUCAUAUUGCUUUAUAUAUUGUAUGGUACCUAUUGCGUCACACGUUUUUAUUUCAAUGGUACUUUCGAUUUCUCUUCCCCUGGUUGAUUCCUAUUAACAUGUGCUCUGUAAAUUGCCCAAAAACAUAUAUUUUUUACUGUGUGGUACUCAAUACAUCAGUCCUCGUAAUUAGAACAAUCCUGCGAAGUGUAUCUACCAAUCUCUGCGUAACUGGGCUUUGUUUACUUUGGUUUCUGCGUUACAAAUGCCUGCUAUUCAUCUGUGCACAAAGGAAGGGUAACAGACUACUUAUAAUCCUUUAUCAGUAGUAGUAUUACCAGCAGUACACCGUGUAGAUAUAAUUAUAUGUAUUCUGAGUCGUAUUCUAAUAGCACAUAUCUCACUCUAUCAUAUAUACACCACAGAUAUUGUGGACUGUCAAUCACAUUAGCUAUUCUGUACUGCUAUCCUGACAAUGAUAGAUAGAUAAAUAGAUAGAUAGACAGAUAGCUCUUGUGCUGUAAAAAGGCAUAAGAAGCUGUGAUAAUCUGUAAAGCAUCCUUCUAAUCAAUAAUCCUCCCGUCCGCCCCCACCCUUACCCCCAUCCCCGCUCCAGCACUUCCAACCUUACGCAAUACUUGUCUCUCUCAUUCGUCUUUAAGACUGCUAUGUUUUACUAGUGUAUAUUAUACACAGAUGGCGAUUAUGUAAUCUACCCUGUGAAAGUAUGCUUCAUUAACUACGAGGACUAGUGCUUCCUUGUUUCUUUUGUAUUGGCAUUACUGCUUAUCUAUCUGUCUAUGAUGUCUUCUUCUGAUUUUAUUCGCUAUUAUGAAUUUUAUUCUUUACGUGAUAUGUCUAUGUUAACGUAAUUAUAUUAAUUAAUAAAUACAAUGAUUACAAUA